GAAACCCCAAAGGUGCUAUGCUGACUCACGGGAACGUGGUUGCUGAUUUUUCAGGCUUUUUGAAAGUGACGGAGAGUCAGUGGUCUCCUACUUGUGAGGAUGUACACAUUUCCUAUUUGCCUUUAGCACACAUGUUUGAGAGAAUGGUACAGUCUGUAGUAUACUGCCAUGGAGGGCGAAUCGGGUUCUUUCAAGGAGAUAUUCGCCUCUUAUCCGACGACAUGAAAGCAUUGCGCCCAACCAUCUUCCCUGUCGUGCCGCGGCUGUUAAACAGGAUGUAUGAUAAGAUCUUCAGCCAGGCGGACACAUCCCUCAAGCGCUGGGUUCUGGAAUUUGCUGCAAAACGGAAAAAGGCUGAAGUUCAAAAUGGAAUCAUUAGAAAUGACAGCUUGUGGGAUAAACUUUUCUUUAAUAAAAUACAGGCGAGUCUCGGUGGGUGCGUUCGCAUGAUAGUAACAGGCGCUGCCCCUGCGUCUCCAACCGUCCUGGGCUUCCUCCGUGCGGCCCUCGGAUGCCAGGUUUACGAAGGUUAUGGCCAAACAGAAUGCACGGCUGGAUGCACCUUUACGACCCCAGGUGACUGGACAUCAGGUCAUGUAGGAGCCCCUUUGCCCUGUAACUUAAUCAGAUUGAAGGAUGUGGAAGAGCUGAAUUAUUUUGCUUCCAAAGGAGAAGGAGAGAUAUGUGUGAAAGGACCAAACGUUUUCAAAGGUUAUCUGAAAGAUGAGGAGAAGACAACUGAAGCGCUGGACCAGGAGGGCUGGCUUCACACUGGAGACAUCGGGAAAUGGUUACCUAAUGGGACUCUUAAAAUCAUUGAUCGGAAAAAGCAUAUAUUUAAACUUGCUCAGGGAGAAUAUAUUGCACCAGAGAAGAUAGAGAAUAUCUAUAUCCGCAGCGACCCUGUUGCCCAGAUCUAUGUCCAUGGAGACAGCCUGCAG